GAGACGGAGAAAGCCAUGUGUGUCGAUGCAAAGGGCAUCAGAGUGUGUUUUUGUGGAUGAGCGUCUUAGACCUCACUUCAUCCAGAGAAGCAAGACUUUGGCACUGAAAUUAAAGGAGAGGAAGAGGGUGAAGAAUCAGGGAGACUGAGCAAGUAGACCCUCUCCUCUCCUUUAUCUCAAUAAGUCACAUUUCACACACACAGCUUCAGCCUCUCCUGUUCCCAUCUGUUCUUUCGUCACUGAAUCAGAGAAUAAACAGUCUUAUUAGGAUCAGACGGUACCUUGGGAACGUGAGUGCUUGGCAGGGAACUCUGAAAUUAUCACUCUACUGUUUCUCUACUCGUGAGUGGACUCAGCUUAAGAUUUUGUUGGACAUCUGUGAAACUCAUCAGAUUGGACUAGUUGUUAGCAUUCCUCUUUACAGUCGUCUGACAAGAUGGCAGACCCCAUCAUGGACCUUUUCGAUGACACGCCACUGUUUAACCUGGAUGCCCUCCCAGAGGAUGCCUUUUCUCAGGGCUCCUCAGACCCAGUUGAGGAAGCUUUGAAGUUGGCCUUGGGCCAGGUGGACCCUCCCUCAGAUCCAACGCCAGAGGCCAGCAUCCCAGUCCUCACUGACACUGCCUCAGCGGCGCUCCCCGCGGUCCCUGUUCCCACACAGACUUCCCAAACUCAGCAGCCCAUGCAGGUCACAGUCACUCCAGCUGCCUCUGUAGCUCCGGCCCCAGUCUCUGUCCAGGCAGUGCCUCAGACACACAGCAGUGGUGCGGCCACUGUCCUACUUAGUUCCCCCCUUGCCGUUCCUGUUUCUGGCUCUCAAGUUACCACACAGCAGCUACAACCACAGCAGCUUGCUGCGGUUACUCAGCAGGCAGCUGGACAGACAGCCCCUAAAAUUGUCAUUUUGAAGGGCCCGCAAGGUCAGGCCCAGGUGCUGCAGGGAGUUGCUGGAGCAACUGGCUCUCCCACAGGGAAGGUUACUAUCGCUAGGGUUUUGACUGGAACCCCUCUCAGACCUGGUAUGUCUAUCGUUUCUGGAGGAACUGUCUUAAAUGCGGCGUCCCCCGGACAGGGACAAGUGAAAGUUGGAACUGGGGUCCAGAGAUUGGUGCAGACGCCGAACGGACCUUUGAAGCAGGUUCUGCUGACCUCUGUGCCCCAGACGCAGUCACAGGUGCAGACGCAGCCUGUGCAGGUGCAGAUACCUGCACAGGUGCAGCUCCAGACACAAGCACAACCGGCACAAGUGCAGACACAGGUCCAGAUGCAGCCUCAGACGCAGGUAUCACUGCAGGCGCCAGUGCAGACACCGGCACAGGCGCAGGUUGCUACCUCAGCUGGGACGACAACGGCGGUCCGACCACAAGGAGUUACUCUCUCAACAGUUCCUCAACAGGGUGAGGCUAAGAGGAUCACCCUGGUGCUUCAGCAGCCGACUCAGGGCGGGGCAGCUCAGGCCGGGACAGUAACAGUAGGGGGCACAGCUGCUGCAGCAGCAGGGCAACAAGGCCAGCAGCCCAGGCUGGUUUUGGGGUCUCUUCCAGGGAAGCUUGUGCUGCAGGGAGGCCAGUUGGCAGCUCUUACCCAGGCUCGUGCAGGACAAACGGGGACACAGCCAAAAGUACUGACCAUCCAGUUACAAGUUCAACAGCAACCCAACCAACAGGGGGCCAAGUUUCAGCUGGUGUCAGGAGCACCCAACACUGGUAGUCCACAGGUGGUGCAAAUCUCUCAAGGCCAGGGAGGACAAAGACUAGCAGUGCCUCUCAAACUGCUGCUCCAACCACAGACAAGUGCUGCCUCUAGUACGGGAGGCGCUGUCUCUGUGGUGAAAGUCAUCAAUACUUCAGCUGCUGGUAACGCUGCUGUGGCCACCACCACCACGGUGGCGUCUCCGGGUGUGCGCUUGGCCAAAGCUCAGGAGCCGCUGCGACGGGUGGAGACUUUGUGCAAGCAAGAGAAAGCGAACCGCAUCGUGGCGGAGGCCAUCGCGCGAGCCAAAGCACGGGGCGAGAGGAACAUUCCUCGCGUGCUCAACCAGGACGAGCUGCCCGCCGGGGAGACCUCCGCAGACGUGGAGGGUGCUGCAGGUGCUGCUGGGGCCAAGAAGAAGGGAGGAGGAAGUAAGAAGAAGAGCCCAGCUACUCCAGUGACAGGAGGGAAGGGAGUGGCUGGCGGUGACAAGAAGGGGAAAGCCAAGGCGACGACCAGUGCUGUCAGCAUCGCAAGUGGAAGCAGUAAGAGUAAAGGCAAAACAAAGCCCAAUACCAUAACUCCAGUUGGUGGGAAGAAGAGGAAGAGAAACGCAUCAUCUGACCAUUCUGAUGGGGAGCUCAGCCCCCCGGCCUCCCCGCGUACUUUGGAGGAGGACAUGUCCCAGAUGAGGCGCUCUAAUCGUCAGGUGAAGAGGAAGAAGUACACGGAAGACCUGGACAUCAAAAUCACCGAUGACGAGGACGAGAUGGAUGAGGACGUUGACGUCACCACACCGUCCAUCUCGACCCCGGGACAUGGACGUUCCAUCGACAUGCAGCUUCAGCAGGAGCUCGAUGCCGACGGCCUGCCCAGCAUGCAGUUCUUUGUGGAAAACCCAAGCGAGGAAGAUGCUGCGAUCGUGGAUAAAGUUUUGGCAAUGAGACUGACCAAGAAGGAGGUGUCGCCAGGACAGCUUGUCAAUGUGGAGGAGUUCUUUGUCAAGUACAAAAAUUAUUCCUAUAUGCACUGUGAGUGGGCCACUCUGGAACAGCUGGAGAGAGAUAAGAGGAUCCAUCAGAAACUGAAGAGAUUCAAGACCAAACACGCACAGAUGAGAAAUCUUUUCCAGGAGGAUGAGGAGCCAUUUAACCCAGACUAUGUGGAGGUGGACCGCAUCCUAGAUGAGUCACACAGUGUUGACAAAGACAACGGAGAGCCGGUGGUGUAUUACCUGGUGAAGUGGUGCUCUCUGCCUUAUGAAGAUGCCACCUGGGAGCUGAAAGAAGACAUCGACGAGGGCAAGAUUGAAGAGUACAAAAAGAUUGAGUCGCGUCAGGCACGGCUCAAACGAACGCCACGGCCGCCUGCGAGUGCCUGGAAAAAGCUGGAGGAGUCCAGAGAAUACAAGAGUGGAAACACCCUCAGAGAGUACCAGCUCGAGGGGGUGAACUGGCUCCUCUUCAACUGGUACAACAGGCAGAACUGUAUCCUGGCGGAUGAGAUGGGUCUGGGGAAGACCAUCCAGUCCAUCGCUCUUCUGUCUGAAGUGUUUGCUGCCGGAGUUCAGGGCCCCUUCCUCAUCAUCGCACCUCUGUCCACCAUCACUAACUGGGAGCGAGAAUUCUCCACCUGGACGGACAUGAACGCUAUUGUCUAUCACGGCAGCCUGGCCAGCAGACAGAUGAUCCAACAGUACGAGAUGUACUGCAAGGAUGACAAGGGACACCUGAUCCCAGGGGCCUAUAAGUUUGAUGCUCUUAUCACCACGUUCGAGAUGGUUCUUUCUGACUGUCCUGAGCUGAGGGAGAUCUCCUGGCGCUGUGUGAUUAUCGACGAGGCUCACCGCCUAAAGAACAGAAACUGCAAACUACUUGACAGCCUCAAGAUGCUGGACCUGGAGCAUAAGGUGCUGCUGACAGGCACCCCCCUACAGAACACAGUGGAGGAGCUCUUCAGUCUGCUGCACUUCCUCGAGCCGGCUCAGUUUCCGUCAGAGACAGAGUUUCUGCGCGAGUUCGGUGACCUCAAAACAGAAGAGCAGGUUCAGAAACUGCAGGCCAUUCUGAAACCCAUGAUGCUGCGUAGGCUGAAGGAAGAUGUGGAAAAGAACCUUGCUCCAAAGCAGGAGACCAUCAUUGAAGUGGAGUUGACUGAUGUGCAGAAGAAGUACUAUAGAGCAAUCCUGGAGCGUAACUUCAGUUUCCUCAGCAUGGGCGCGUCUCAAAACAGCAACGUCCCAAAUCUCCUCAACACCAUGAUGGAACUCCGCAAGUGCUGUAAUCAUCCGUACCUCAUCACAGGGGCAGAGGAGAAGAUUGUAGCAGAGCUAAGGGAAGUGUAUGACCCCACAGCUCCAGAUUUUCACCUGCAGGCACUGGUGCGCUCCGCAGGCAAGCUGGUCCUGCUGGAUAAGCUUUUACCUCGCCUGAAGGCCGGCGGACACAAAGUGCUUAUCUUUUCCCAGAUGGUGCGCUGUCUGGACAUCUUAGAGGACUACCUCAUUCACAAGAGAUACCUGUAUGAGCGUAUUGACGGUCGAGUAAGAGGAAACCUACGUCAAGCUGCGAUUGACCGCUUCAGUAAACCGGACUCAGACCGGUUUGUCUUCCUGCUCUGCACCCGUGCGGGAGGCCUGGGCAUAAACCUGACAGCUGCUGACACUUGUGUCAUAUUUGACUCUGACUGGAACCCUCAAAACGACCUCCAGGCCCAGGCUCGCUGUCACCGCAUUGGCCAAUCAAAGGCAGUGAAGGUGUAUCGUCUCAUCACCAGAAACUCCUACGAGAGGGAGAUGUUAGACAAAGCCAGUCUGAAACUGGGGCUGGACAGAGCCGUGCUGCAAAGUAUGAGUGGCAACAAGGAGAGCAACGUCAAUGGGAUCCAGCAGUUUUCCAAGAAGGAGAUUGAGGAUCUGCUGAGGAAAGGUGCCUAUGCGGCUAUAAUGGAUGAGAAUGACGAGGGAAGCCGUUUCUGUGAGGAGGACAUUGAUCAGAUCCUCCAGAGAAGAGCCACCACCAUCACCAUUGAAAGCGAAGGAAAAGGUUCAACCUUCUCCAAGGCCAGCUUUGUAGCAUCUGAGAACCGUACUGACAUUGCACUGGAUGACCCGGAGUUCUGGCAGAAGUGGGCCAAGAAAGCUGAUAUCGACUUUGACAGCAUCAACAGAAAGAACACGCUUGUGAUUGACACGCCCAGAGUGAGGAAGCAGACUCGUCAGUUUUCCUCUCUGCGAGGGGAAGGCGGUGACCUUUCUGACCUUGACAGCGACGAAGAGUAUCCGCCCGUCAACUCCCGGCAGGCACGCGCAGCUCGGCGCUCUGAGCGACAGGCUGGUGGCGGCUACGGGCGCACGGAUUGCUUCAGAGUGGAGAAACAUCUCCUGGUCUAUGGCUGGGGGCGCUGGCGGGACAUCCUGGCCCAUGCUCGAUGCAAGCGUCGCCUCGGUGAGAAGGAUGUGGAGACCAUCUGCAGGGUUAUCCUGGUCUUCUGUUUGUUACAUUACCGUGGCGACGAAAACAUCAAGAGUUUCAUCUGGGAACUCAUCACACCUCCGGAAAACGGCAGAGCUCCGCACGCCCUCCUCAACCAUUCCGGUCUGUCCAUUCCCGUACCUCGUGGCAGAAAGGGAAAGAGGGUGAAGGCUCAGAGCUCCUUUGACGUUCAGAAGGUGGAGUGGAUCCGCAAGUACAAUCCUGACUCUCUGCUGCUGGAUGACAGUUACCGCAAGCACUUAAAACACCAGUGUAACAAGGUGUUGCUACGAGUACGUAUGCUGUAUUAUCUGAGACAGGAAGUCAUUGGUGAUCACGCUGAUUCUGUUCUAAACGGAGCUGACGCCAGGGAUAUUGAUAUCUGGUUGCCUGAGAUGGAGCAGCAGGAUGUGCCGUCUGGCUGGUGGGACUCGGAUGCUGACCGUUCUCUGCUCAUUGGAGUGUUCAAACAUGGAUAUGAAAUGUACUCCACCAUGCGGGCGGAUCCUUGUCUGUGCUUCUUGGAGCGAUGCGGUCGUCCUGACGACCAGGCCAUAGAUGCAGAGCAGCAUUCAGCGGAUGCAGAACUGGGUGAUGGAGGGGACUAUGAUAAGUAUUCCGAGGACCCAGAGUUUAAACCAGUGAGCAGGCACACAAAGGAAUUAUAUGAGGCGAGUGACUCUAUGACACCCGAUAAUGAAAACGAAAUUUCCGUGGAGGAUCGUUCCGCUCCGGUGACCGCGGAGGGGCCGUCUUCAGGGCAGAUGGGGACCUGUUAUUGGCCGACGAGCUCGUCGCUCACGGCGCGGCUUCGUCGGCUGAUCACAGCCUACCAGCGUAGCUACCGGAGGGAGCAGCUCAAAAUCGAAGCGGCGGAGAAAGGAGACAGGCGGCGUCGGCGCUGUGAACAAGCCACCAAACUCAAAGAGAUAGCUCGGCAAGAGCGCCAACAGAGGUGGACGCGAAGAGAGGAGUGUGAUUUUUAUCGAGUGGUUUCCACGUUUGGGGUGGAGAGGAUAAAGAGUGAAUCCGGUGCUACUGAGGGAGAAGAGGCCGAAAUGGAAUGGAGUCGAUUCCGCACCUUCGCCCGUUUGGACAAAAAGACCGACGAAAGCCUGACCCGAUACUUCCGCUGCUUCAUGGCCAUGUGUCGCAAAGUGUGUCACCUGCGACCAGCGCGUGGAGAGGACUCCCCGGAGCUGUCCCAGACUCUGGCCCCCAUCACGGAAGAGCGAGCCUCUCGCACCCUCUACCGCAUCAGCCUCCUGUCCCGUCUGCGCGAGCGUGUGCUUCCCCACCCAGCCCUGCAGGAACGACUCCCCCUGGCUCCACCCAGCUCCGACCUGCCCACCUGGUGGAGCAGCCCACAGCACGACCACGAACUUCUGCUUGGCGCCGCCCGCCACGGCGUUAGCCGCACAGAGCUCUCCAUCUUCUCCGACCCGCAGUUCUCCUUCCGCCAGGCCCGGCUCGACUACCUCCAGAACCAGCAGGCGCAGCCCUCCUCCGCCCAACCCCGAGGCCAAUUACAGGAGCAGACCACCGUCAAGGAGGAAGGGUUAGAGGAGGAGUCCCGCCUGCUCGGGAUGGAGUCUCUAAGCCAGUCGGACUCGCCAGCCACACCCUUGUCUCAUCCUGAGGGGAAAGGCAGGGGGCAGGCUGGCUGGGGCUGGAAGAAGAGCAGAGGGAGAGGGCCAAGGGGGAGAGGAAGAAAAGAAGGAGGAGAACGAGGAGAAGGCCCGUCUGACUCUGACUCAGACUCGGACUCGGACUCGUCUACGUCCUCCCGUCGAUCAGGCAGCUCGGAGGACAGCGGAGACAGUGAUGCAGAGAGAGAGCAGGCAGCUAUGAAAAUGUGUGACAUGGAUGAAGAGAACAGCGUGCUUUCCUUCACCCCUUCCCAAGAUGGUGCUCCGCCUGAAUCUCUCAAUGACCCCCUCCGAGUGGACUGGCCGAAGGACCGCGUUCUGAUAAACCGACUGGACAACCUGUGUUCUCUGGUCCUGACGGGGCACUGGCCUUCAGGGAGGCGAUACAUCUCUGACCCACAGCUCCACCCGGCCUCCGAUGAGCUGGGCGUAGGCAAUGAGAUGGGCUACACCAGGGUCGCUCGCAAGGGCAACAGCGCCGCUGGAGAAAGUGGAGAAGGACAGGAUACUGAGUUCACUGUCAAACUUCUGAAGGAGGAGGGGCUGAAGCUGACAUUUUCCAAACAGGCGCUGCUCCCCAAUGGAUCAGCAGGAGAAGGAAGUGGGCGCAAAAGGCGCAAAGACCAGGAGCUGGCAGAUGGAGAGGCAGGUGUAUCUGUGCUCCAUGCUCCCCGGAGGAGAGACUUACCCAGCUGGCUUAAGGAGAACCCAGACUAUGAGGUAGAAGGGGAUAUGCUUGAGCUGCUGGUGAACAGGACCAAAAGGAAGAGGAGGAGGAAGAGGACAGAGAAGGGUGUGGCACUAACCGGCAGUGAGAGGGUGAAAGUUAUAGACAUGAGAACAGGCAAAAAGUUUGGAGGAGUAUACGGACCUCUGCUGCAGGACCUAAAGGAGUACCUGGAGGAGAACCCACACCACGCUGUGGCACCAGACUGGUCUGAGGCAGUUCGCAGCUCGGGCUUUUUGCCAGAGCAUCUCCAUCACAGACUCCUGAACCAGCACUCUGCAAUCCCCAAGAAAAGCCGGCAUUACCUCACCGUCCCCACAGCCCAGCCUGAUGACCCUCUCCUCGGGGGAGGUGAAGGCGAGACUUUGGUAUCUGACGGGGCUUACAUGAUGGAGGACGAAGACCUGGAGGACGGCAGCGACCUCACUUCCUCUCACCACUUCCUGACACCUACCUUUGACGUGAAGAUGGAGGCCGGCGCGUUGGAAAUGGACGGAGGCGACAGUUUGUCACAGGGCGGAUACGAAAGCUCCGACCAGGAGGCCAUUUUGGACGACGUCAUCAUGGCACCCAAAACUUCAGACACGUCUUCAAGCUCAGAGGAUUGACCAAGUCUCUCGCAUUCGAUGUAGU